ACAUAUCUACACACACACAUAUCUACACACACACACAUAUCCACACUCACACACACAUAUCCACACUCACAUAUCUACACACACACACAUCUACACACUGAUAUCUACACUCACAUAUCUGUGUUUAUAAAGCUGUGUUUGAUGUGAGUCUCUGAUUGGUCAGAGGGAGGACGGAGGAGGAGCUGAUUGGUGAUCGAUAUGAUGAACACGAUUGGCAGAAGAUCUCUAAUAUUGAUUUUGAAGCCACGCGGGACGCGGAGGACAUCCGGAGCUUCUGGCAGAACUUCCUGCACCCGUCUGUCAGGAAGACUCAGUGGAGUAAAGAGGAGGUGCAGCAGCUGAGGGAGGUCAGCGGGACACACGCAGAGAGACACUGGGAGACCAUCGCUGCAGAGUUGGGGACGGGGAGGACGGCCUUCCUGUGUCUCCAGACGUUCCAGCGCUUCGUCUCCGGCUCGUUGAAACGAGGCAGUUGGACGGCGGCAGAAGACGCUCUGCUCAGAGAACUCGUGGACAAGAUGAGGAUCGGAAACUUCAUCCCCUACACACAGAUGAGUUACUUUAUGGAGGGGAGAGACCCGGCUCAGCUGAUCUACAGGUGGAACCAGGUUUUGGACCCGAGCCUGAAGAAAGGCUUCUGGACCGGAGAGGAGGACGAGCUGCUGCUGCAGGCAGUGUCCCGUCACGGGGAGAAGGACUGGUGGAAGAUCCGGCUGGAGGUUCCUGGACGCACCGACUCUGGCUGCAGAGACAGGUACUAUGACUGUCUGAAGGCGGAGACAAAGAAAGGACCGUUUGACCAACAGGAGAAAGGUCUGCUGCUGGUGCUGGUGCAGAAACAUGGAGUUGGUCGCUGGGCGAGGAUCGCUGCAGAGAUUCCUCACCGUAACGACGCUCAGUGUCUGAGAGAGUGGAGGAAACUGAACAAACCUGCAGCUCCUCCUCGUGAUAAGAAAGAUAGAAAACCUCCAAGGAGCCGCGGAGGAGGAGCGAAGACGCAGACGAAGGAGGACGCCCCGGCCAAGAAGAGAAUCAGGAGACCACUGACAAAAGUGAAGGAGGAGGUGGAGGAGGUGGUGCAGGUGGAGAGCAGCGAGGACGAGACGAUGGUGGUGGAGUACAUGGAUAGUGAUGAAGAGGAGAAGAAGGAGAAGAGGCAGGAGAUAGUGGAGGAGGUGGAGGAGUACACCCUCUCCCCCAUGCAGGAGUGGAUUCCAGUAGAAAAAGCACAAUGUUCCUCCUUCCCGGCCUUUCGCCCGGUAGAGUUGCCUUCCUCUGGAGCCGCCCACAGUCAGGUGUCUGUCCGCUCCACCAUCCUGGGCCCAUUCGGACUCUCCGUGAUCUUCGGCCCGCAGCCCAGAGAGCUGCCACGGGAGGAGCGCCACAGCAGCUCCAUGAUGAUGGUGUCAGCUGACCAGCUGCAAGCCCACCUCCACCGCCAGGCGAGCAAGUUCAACUGCCCGAGCUCUGGCCCCCGCAGGAAGGUACACACCGAGAAACAGAACCCCCUAGGCCGGGGGAUGGACAUGGGGCUGAGCUACGAGCUGCAGGCCGCCGUGACGCCGUGGAUCGGCAACCUGCUGAUCCUGCAGAAACACCGGCUGACGACAGCCGAUGCCCUGAGGCAGCGCAGAGAGAAGACCCGGCUCCCCUCGACUCCUGUCUUCCUGCUCCUCCUCCAGACCUUGAACGUGGACGCCACGGGCUGCAAGGAUAUGAUAGAGCAGAGGAGGAACAGGGUGGUGUCGCUGGUACCCCCACCUCCGUGUCCUCCCUCUGUCCGCACAAAUACCGUCGCAGGGAUGCUGCAGCAGAGGAAACUGAUAAAAGAGGAGCAGGAGUUCGACCUGCAGCAAAAAUGGAUCCUGAAGCAGCUUCAGGCGCUGCAGCAACGGCCGCAGCAACUCAUGCUGGUGCAGCAACUCAUGCUGCUGCAGCAACCUCCCUCUUCUCCUCGCCCCCCCGCCACGCCCUCUCAGAAUUGCCCCGGCGUGCUUCUCCAGAUGCCUCUUAACAUGAGUCCUCAGAUGUUUCCUCAGGCUGUCAUUAUUCCUCAUCCUGUGACACAACCUCGCGCUGCCUCCAUGCAGCUCAUGCCUCCCUUCUCCCUGAACACCCUCCCUCCUGCUGUGGGGGCUGUCGCCUCUCCCUUACCUGCACAUCCUGCUCCUCAAAGACUGAGUGUCCCUCCUGUCUCUGUGGUCCCAUUGCCCCUGAACGCCGCAUCCACCUGCUCUGACUCUCCCCCCCAAGAAGCUGUACCUCUGCCCCCUCACCAGCAUCUUUCUGCUGGCUGUACGCUGCCUGGGCAGCACACUGCCCCCUCCAGCAGCCCCGUCACUAACCCCAGGAGGGCUCGUCCGGCCUCCAGUCCAUCCAGAUCCAUCUCCAGGUCACCCAAAGGGAAGGGGCAACAGGCGGCUUGCAGCAGUGUGAUCAAAGAAAGACAGAGGUCUCGUAGGCCGAGUCAGAAGGCCAAAGCUCUGCAGGAGGCCAAGGCUGAAGCCAAGAAGAAAGAGGCUUCGUCUCGACUAAAGAGAGCUCCGAUCCAGAGUCCCGUCCCGUCCGCAACUCAAAACCUCAGUUUAGCCCCGGCCCACUCCAUAACGACCAAUCAGCACACUGCUCUACCUGCUAAUUUCCACAACGAUCAUGACUACACCUCUUUAAAUCUCCACCCUGGCCAACGUGGCUCAAUUAAACCGACCCCCCUUCCCUCCAAAAAGCCUCCCAAAGCCCCGUCAAGCGGGAGGAAACGAGGGAGCGGGGGGCAGCCGAGCAUGACGAGCAGUCAGGGUGACCAGUGUGUGGGCGGGACAGGUACAGGUGUGAUCCAGAAAGAGAAGAGAGUUAGGAACCUGACUCAGAGGGCCCGAGCUCUGCAGGAGGACACUCAGGCCAAGGCUGAAGCCAAGAAGAAGAGAACUCCAUCUCCUCCUCGUAAGAAGUGCUCUCGUACGUCUCGGCCUAAAGAGGAAGUUGUCACUCAGAACCGGCCGGUGGCUCCACCCCCCUCCGGGUUCUGUUUACAGCCCGGUCAGUCCAUGUGGGUCAUGACUCCUGGAGGGCUGGUCCAGCUGGCACAAGCCCUGCCCCACAGCCUGCAGCUGCCGUUGGUACCAAGCGGCCCCCUCCCUGCUCCACCCACCACGGCCCCUCUGCGACUCACCACCGGCGGUCCGCGAUCAAUCGCACCUCAACCCUCCAGCGCAUUUUCCGUUUCCCUCAGGAAGGAGGCGCUGCAGUUCGACCCCUCCCUCAUGUUCCUGGAGUCCCAGGAAGCGGUGCGUGAUUGGCUGAGCGGUCGGGGAGGCGUGGCAGUACCCGGAGCGGGCACAGCCCUUCCUUACCUGCCGCCCUUCGUCAGCAGUCUGAGCGCGCUCAGUGCACUGCUCCGGGCCAAGAAGUCUCUGACCAAGACGUCUCUGCAGCUGCUGAGUCGGGGGUCCGAACCCCGACGCCCCACCACCAAACUUGAUGGCACGGAGAGGACGCCGAUGCUGCCGGACUCCACCUCGGACCUCAGAGCUGCCCGGGACGCAGCAGCUCCCUCCGUCAGCUCCAACGUCCUACAGGCGGAGGAGGAGGCGGAGCUCGUGGCAGUGGCGCGUCAGCUGGUGACGGAGCGUUUCUCUGGUAACCCCGCCUACCAGCUACUGAAGGCGCGCUUCCUGUCCUGCUUCACUGUCCCCGCCCUCCUUGCCACCGUGCAGCCAAUUGGAGAGAAGACUGUGGCUGGCCAGGCCGAUGAGGAAGAGGAGGAGGAGGAGGUGAAGAAGAUCAAAGAGAGAGGAAGACAGAGGAGAGUCGAGAGAUCUUUGCUGCUGUGUGACGGGCCGGGAGCUCCAGCCAAUCACUUCUCAGGAAUCUGCACCAACACCGCCGGACCCGAUCAGUAGCAGCCAGACGGUCACUGUUCAGUGAAACCACAGAUAUAAACGAUUAGUUUAGUUUCUCAGCUGAAGAAUUAUCCUUGUGUUUGAUGAGUUCAACAAUAAAUGAAAAAGAAGUCAGUUUGAGUUUUGAACCGUUGACAGUUUUAGAAUAAGUUGUUUUUACUGAACACACACUCGAUGUUUUCCUUCUGAAAGUCGAGUUCAGUUCAGUUUUUGUCUUCUCUAAAGUUCAACAGGUGAAUUCAAAGACCAUCUGAAAUGUUGACAUUUUUUGUCAGAUGUUCUGGUGACAGAGCUCCUAAAUCAGCAGCUGAUUCUUAAAUGUCUGAGUGUCCUUAAAUACAACAUCAAAGACAAAUAAAAACAGUCAAAUAAACCUAUAAUGAAUCAAUUAAGUUAUUGUUGAAGGUAACAAAAAACAGUAGUUUGGAUCUCUGUGAUGCCUUCAGGAACCUCAGAAAAAGGGAGGAAAUUGCACUAAUAUAAGUUGUGUUAGUUAUUUUUGGUUGUUUACGUAUUAUACAGCUUCUGUAAAGACAAAGUUCUGUAAUCAUGAAAGGAUUAUUUUGUAAUAAAGAGAAAGUUUAUGUGAAAUGA